CCAGUCCCAGCCCCAAACCAGACCCAGACCGGAUCCAGACCCAGUCCCAGCCCCAAACCAGACCCAGAUCAGACCCAGACCAGCCCCUCACAUGAUCAUAAGAACCCUGUGUUGGAGUCAUAUUAGAGAGAUUCUAAAGUGAUUAUUCUACCAGGCAGAAUAAUAACUGUACCUUCUUCUGUGAAUGUGAUUCAUGUGGACAUGUUUUGUCUUUACCUUUUAUCCCUGGUAUCGACACUUAUUGCCCGGUGAUAUCUUGCCAGACCAACCCAUCCGCAAUGAUAUCCCAUAUUUAUGAAAGUAAGGCUAGGGUGGGGCAGUUCAAGGAUGGGGGUCUGUCAUGAGCUAGAGUAUGGGUGUGUUUGAAAUGGUGACUGGAUUAAUGACUAUCAGGGGGGGUGAGAUUAGUGUGAGAUGGUGUGUGCGUGAGAGAGAGUGUUAUUGAGAGAAUUGUGUUUGGGGGGAGGGGAGAGAGUAAGUCUGUGUGUGUGUGUGUGUGUGUGUGAGAGAGUGUGAGAUAGUGGAGGGCAAUGUGUUCAAUCAGAGGUGGAGGAAGGGAGGAACGGGGGCCGAUAGACCCCGAUCAUUGGCUGAAGCUGAAGAGAGGGGAGGAGCCACCUUGCCGCUGCUGCUGCAGUGCGAGAGAGAGAGAGAGAGAGAGAGAGAGAGAGGAGAGAGAGAGAGAGAGAGAGAGAGGAGAGAGAGAGAGAGAGAGAGAGAGAGAGAGAGAGAGAGAGAGAGAGAGAGAGAGAGAGAGAGAGAGAGAGAGGGAAAGAGAGAGAGACAGACUGUGUGCACAUGAGCAAGACGGAUUCAGCUCCACAGAGGAGAAAAGAAGAGAAGGAGCGAGGUAUAGUGGAAGAGGAAAAGAAGAAAAAAAAAAAAGAAAACUCUGGAAAGAGAAAGAGAGGCUGUAUCAGUUUCGCUACACCCCCUGCCUCUCUCGUUCCACCACCAGACGGUGGAUUCUCGCUGGGGAACACCAACCAGCCAGCCAGCCAGACACGCCAGCCAGCCAGCCAGCCAGCCACCCUCCGCUCCGCUUUGUGUCAGCGACGUCUUUUCUCUCCUGGGAGGGAGCACAGGGGAGACCCGAGGACAGGAGAGGAGAGACACUCCCCCGGCUGUCCCUGCCUGGGGAGGAACAAGACGGACUCUCUGGAAGCUUACGCAUUGUGUCAUGAGUACAGGAGCAGGAAAGAGAGAAGAAGCUAGCCUCUGGUCUGUGACUCCUGGUCUGUGACUCCUGGUCUGUGACUCCUGGUCUGUGACUCCUGGUCUGUGACUCCUGGUCUGUGACUCCUGGUCUGUGACGCCUGGUCUGUGACGCCUGGUCUGUGACUCCUGGUCUGUGACUCCUAGUCUGUGACUCCUGGUCUGUGACUCCUGGUCUGUGACUCCUGGUCUGUGACUCCUGGUCUGUGACUCCUGGUCUGUGACUCCUAGUCUGUGACUCCUGGUCUGUGACGCCUGGUCUGUGACUCCUGGUCUGUGACGCCUGGUCUGAAGCCGUGUUAUGGAGAGUCAUCGCCCGGGAUUAGAUAUCUAACCGUAGAUCUUCCGCGCAGCACGGACUAACAGCGGACGGACUGACGGACGCACAUUCCUGUAAACUGACUCGGUCCAAGUUGGGUUCUUCCGUUUCAGCUUUUUUUGUUUUGUGUGGUUGAGCCUUCUUUUCAGUCGAGGAGAGCGGAGAGAAAGAGAGGGGUGUUCUGUUGCAUCUGCGCCUGUCUCGGGGUGUCGGGACUGCUGUCUCCACGUGAGGGCUUGCCUGGGGAUCCCCUGCCCUCCCGGCUUACACCAGAGCCAGUCCUCUCCCUCCCUCCGGUCCAGGUGUCUGGAAGCUGCGGCCAAGAUGACUAAGGGGACCCAGCCCCAGCACGGCCCCCCCCUCCUGGGCUGAGCUCACGCCGCGCCGCCUCCCUGCCCCUGGGACCUCCGGCCAGGUACGAACCCCCUCCUCCCCCCUAUCAUGAUGAACUGGACCCUGGAGCUCAACCUGAGCCAGAGCCCUCCCUUCUGUCUCCUGGAGGUGGGCUACACGCAGAUCUUCAACAUCUGCCUCCUGGAGGUGGCCAUCAUCCUCUUCCUCACCAUCCUCAUCAUCUCCGGGAACCUGGUGGUGAUCUUCGUCUUCCACUGUGCCCCGCUGCUGAGCAACCACACCACCAGCGCCUUCAUCCAGACCAUGGCCUACGCCGACCUCCUGGUGGGGGUCAGCUGCCUCAUCCCCUCCCUGUCCCUCCUCCGCCACCUGGAGGGGCUGGACCAGGAGCUCACCUGCAAGGUGUUCGGCUACAUGGUCUCGGUGCUGAAGAGCGUCUCCAUGGCGUCGCUGGCGUGCGUCAGCGUGGACCGCUACGUGGCGAUCACGCGCCCGCUCUCCUACGCCACCCUGGUGACGCCGUGGCGCCUGCGGGCGUGCAUCGCCCUCAUCUGGCUGUACUCGGCCCUCGUCUUCCUGCCCUCCUUCUUCGGCUGGGGCAAGCCGGGCUACCACGGCGACGUGGUGGAGUGGUGCGCCGUGUCGUGGUCGACGCGGCCCGCCUUCACCUCCUUCCUCGUGGCGCUGCUCUACGCGCCCGCCGCCCUCACCGUCUGCUUCACCUACGCCAACAUCUUCCGGAUCUGCCGGCAGCACACGCGCGACAUCAGCGAGCGCCGCGCCCGCUACGGCCCCGCGGCGGACGCCGCCGCCGCCGCCUGCGAGGCGGGAGAGGGGCCGUGCCGACGGGAGCCCCCGGCCGGCUCGGACAAGCGCUACGCCAUGGUGCUGUUCCGCAUCACCAGCGUGUUCUACAUCCUGUGGCUGCCCUACAUCCUCUACUUCCUGUUGGAGAGCGCCGGCGUUUACCGCCACCAGGCCGCCUCCUUCCUCACCACGUGGCUCGCCAUCAGCAACAGCUUCUGCAACUGCCUCAUCUACAGCCUCUCCAACUCCGCCUUCCGGAAGGGUCUGAAGCGCCUGUGCUCCUUCUGUGUGCAGCGCGUGGAUGCCAAGAAGCCCAUUGACCAGGGGCUGGGGUACGGCCAUGGGCAGGGCGGGGCGCCGGUCAGCUCCCAGACCACCUGUCACGUUUAGCCUGGAACGCCUUUUCAGUGGGACUUGAACGCUAGCCUUUGCGAAAGGCGCGUUACUGAAGAGUUUCCCUCGCUGAGGGGAGAGCAUGGUGGAUGGAUGAAAGGAAGGAUGGCCGGAAGGAAAGCUGCUGUUGUUUGGCAGAGUUGAGUAACGCAGCCUACUGUGACCAGGGAGGAAGGAAAAAAGGAGAAGUGGAGAGAUGGAGUAAUAAACCCUCGUGGGUUUCUGAGGGAGUGAGAGAGUGUUAACCCUCCUAGAGGGAUCCGUUCUUCUUUUCCCCGGCCUGCCUGGUCCUGCCUGGGUCCAAAACCAGGAGCAGGACCGGAACCCGGCAGGCAAAGGAUUCUCCGACGUAUAGCUAACAACUUGCAGACAUGGAAUGCAUCGGCUGCGUCGAACCGUAGCAUUGCCAUGACGAUUGAGAGUAUUAUGGAAUAUGAUGGCCACCCACUCCACAGUAACUUGCCAAAAACAAACUGUACCAAACGUUGUUCCUUUCGGGGAGGAAUACAUCUGGAACUGUGUCUCGUCCUGGACGAAACUGUGUCUUCGGUGCCACAUGUACUGUUGCAGUCUGUGCUGAAUGCAGGACCACCUGUGUUAUUUAAGAACAAGACUGAGGGCAGCCUCAUGGGACUCGUAGUUUAACCACUUACAGUGGAACCAAGGUGUGUGUGUGAGAAUACAGUAGAAGGUAUGGCAUGUCGCAGG